AUGAACAAUGAAGGUUACAACAUUGUGCUUAAUGUAUCUUCUGGUCCCAUUCUCGUAUUCACUGCUAGUAAACGUAUUUUGUAUCAGCUGUGGGCUAAUAACAUUAAUCAGGAGAAGGAGCAAGAGGAUAAAAACAAGCUUCCCGUUCUUGACCCAGCAGGAAACGUGUACUACAACUGGCUCCUGAUAAUUACAAUGCCUGUGAUGUACAACUGGACAAUGAUCAUUGCUAGAGCAUGUUUUGAAGAACUUCAAUCUGAUUACUUGAGCAUGUGGUUCGUCCUUGAUUAUGUAUCUGAUGUUAUUUAUAUUAUUGACAUGUAUUUAAGGACAAAAACAGGGUAUCUGGAACAAGGUCUAUUGGUCAGUGAUGCAAAGAAACUCAGAGAAAAAUACUUUGCCACAAUCCAAUUCAAAUUAGAUGUCAUCUCACUCAUACCAACUGACUUUCUGUAUUUUUACCUUGGACUGGAAUAUCCAGAAAUUAGAUUAAAUCGUUUGGCAAGAAUUAGUCGAAUGUUUGAAUUCUUUUCAAGGACUGAAACUCGGACAAACUACCCAAACAUUUUCAGGAUUUCCAACCUUGUCAUGUACAUUGUGAUCAUUAUUCAUUGGAAUGCUUGUGUAUAUUUUUCAAUUUCCAAAGCUAUAGGGUUUGGGGCAGACACAUGGGUGUAUCCAAAUGUAUCCAUUCCAGAGUUUUCCCGGCUUGCUCGGAAGUAUGUGUAUAGUCUCUACUGGUCAACACUGACAUUAACAACCAUUGGUGAAACACCUCCUCCAGUAGAGGAUUCAGAAUACUUCUUUGUGGUGGCUGAUUUCCUGGUUGGUGUGUUGAUUUUUGCCACCAUUGUUGGUAAUGUCGGCUCCAUGAUUUCCAACAUGAAUGCAGCUCGUGCAGAGUUUCAAUCAAGGAUUGAUGCCAUCAAGCAGUACAUGCACUUCCGAAAAGUGAGCAAAGAUCUGGAGAAGAGAGUUAUCAAAUGGUUUGACUACUUAUGGACAAACAAAAAAGCUGUGGAUGAAAGAGAGGUCUUGAAAUAUCUUCCUGACAAGCUGAGAGCAGAAAUUGCCAUCAAUGUCCACCUUGAUACACUGAAGAAAGUUCGUAUCUUUGCAGAUUGUGAAGCUGGUCUACUGAUUGAGUUGGUAUUGAAGUUAAGACCCCAGGUGUACAGCCCAGGGGAUUAUAUCUGUCGCAAAGGAGAUAUUGGUAGAGAGAUGUAUAUCAUCAAAGAAGGGAAACUUGCUGUUGUUGCUGAUGAUGGAAUUACUCAGUUUGUGGUUCUAAGUGAUGGCAGCUAUUUUGGCGAAAUUAGUAUUCUGAAUAUCAAAGGUAGUAAAGCUGGAAACAGAAGAACAGCAAACAUUAAGAGUAUAGGCUACUCAGAUUUGUUCUGCCUCUCCAAAGAUGAUCUAAUGGAAGCUUUAACUGAAUAUCCUGAUGCAAAAGCAAUGCUGGAAGAAAAGGGAAAGCAAAUUCUAAUGAAGGAUGGUCUUUUGGAUCUAGAUAUUGCCCAGCUUGGAGCUGACCCAAAGGACAUGGAAGAAAAAGUAACAAGACUUGAUAUGGCAAUUGAUCUUUUACAGACUAAAUUUGCUCGACUUCUGGCGGAGUACAACUCUACACAACAAAAACUAAAAGAAAGAGUGACAAGAGUCGAGAACAAAAUUAAACAAUCAGGGAUGCAACUUGAAUAUUCAGAACUGAUAGAUACUGAAGCCCCAAGUGAAACUGAAGAAAGUAAAAAGUAG